AUGAUAGAAAUUGUUGAAAAUUGUUGUGCCACGGGGGCCUUGUCUCGUGUAUCCACACAAGGAACCCUUGACUCAAAUGAAGAAGAUGACAUGCUAAAUAAAUUUUGGAACCCUGAAGUUGGUGGGAGUAAUGCUGCUGAAGCCAUUCCUGUUGACUUAUUCGGCGAUGAGUACAUAGAUCUAGGGAAGGGCAAAAGUCACAAGUGGGGCCCUACAAGCAGCCAAACUGACAGUGGUCGUUCCAAAAAGUCACGAUCAAGUGGAUUCGAUGAUGUGUGCGCAGCUUUCACAUCCUACAUAAAGGCAAAAACAGAACAUUCACGUGCACGAGAAAAUGAGACAGAGGCUGUAAGUGCAGGUGGUGAUGAGUAUUCCCUUGAUGCAUGUCAAGAUGCAUUGCUAGAGCUUGGGGACAUACCACCGGUACAAUACGUUAGGGCACCGACACUGUUUAAAGAUAAGGAAUGGCGAAGACGAAACCAUGUGUCAUCCGACACAGAAAACAAUGCAAUGGAGAUCUCAUUAGAGGAGGAUGAGGAUUGUGUCGGUGCUACCGAUGACACAUUGGUGGGUGCAUGGGUCCCUGCUUCAAGACAAAAUACAUUCCGCGGUCUCAAAUCUACGGUAUCGCAAAAUGUACUCGCAGCUUGCGACUUUGACAUGUUGUUCACAUUUAUUAAUUCUGGAUGGGAAGGUAGUGCACACGACAACGCUAUUUUAAUUGACUCUAUUACAAGAGCUGAUCUACAGUUCCCACACCCACCCAAUGGGAAGUAUUAUUUUGUGGAUGCUGGUUUUAAGAACAUGCCUGGAUUUCUUGUCCCAUUUCAUUCCCAAUGCUAUCACUUGCAAGAGUUUCAUGGCCGUCAUUAUUCAGGACCCAAGGAAUUGUUUAACCAUCGACAUUCGUCAUUACGGAAUGUCAUAGAAAGAACAUUUGGUGUUCUGAAGAAGUGA